GUUGCGGUUUUAUAAUAUUGACAGUAGAUGAACGAAGCGGAGUCGAAAGCAAUGUGGAAAUUAAUAUUCUUUAGCUGCUUAUGUGGCCUAAAUAAUCAAAUUGUAACUUCCAAUUUGAACGAAGGCAAUUCUUCUUCUGUAGAUUGUAAGAGCGAAUUUGAAAAGUUUAAGAAUAAUAAUAAUCGCAAAUAUCUACGCACCUAUGAUGAAAUUCGAAGUUACAAGGCGUUUGAGGAAAACUACAAAGUUAUUGAGGAACACAACCAAAACUUUAAGGAUGGUCAAACGAGCUUCAGAUUGAAACCCAAUAUUUUCGCUGAUAUGAGCACUGAUGGUUACCUUAAGGGAUAUUUGCGACUAUUAAAGAGCAAUAUUGAAGACAGCGCGGAUAAUAUGGCCGAAAUAGUGGGCUCUCCCCUGAUGAGUAAUGUACCCGAAAGUUUGGAUUGGCGCAGUAAAGGAUUCAUCACACCUCCGUACAACCAACUUUCCUGCGGUUCCUGCUACGCUUUCUCCAUCGCCGAGAGCAUCGUAGGCCAGGUUUUCAAGCGAACCGGGAAGAUACUGAGCCUGAGUAAGCAACAAAUUGUGGACUGCAGUGUGUCCCAUGGAAACCAAGGAUGCGUCGGCGGCUCCCUGCGAAAUACUCUGCGCUAUUUGCAGAGCACGGGUGGCAUAAUGAGGGAAGAGGAUUAUCCGUAUGCGGCAAGGGGCAAAUGCCAGUUUGUUCCCGACCUAUCCGUAGUUAAUGUAACAUCUUGGGCCAUUCUUCCCGUGCGCGAUGAGCAGGCCAUUCAGGCGGCAGUUGCUCACAUCGGACCAGUUGCCAUAUCCAUAAAUGCCUCCCCGAAGACAUUUCAACUGUACAGUGACGGCAUCUACGAUGACCCCCUGUGCUCGUCAGCUUCAGUUAAUCAUGCCAUGGUGGUUAUUGGUUUUGGAAAGGAUUAUUGGAUAUUGAAGAACUGGUGGGGACAAAAUUGGGGCGAAAAUGGUUACAUCCGAAUUCGCAAGGGAGUCAAUAUGUGCGGAAUGGCCAAUUAUGCAGCUUAUGCAAUUGUUUAAUCUGUUGCUUAUACAUAUAGAUAAUGAAAUAAUCAACAAAUUCAUGUAACAAGUUGACUUCCAAGUCUAUAAAGUAAUGGAAAAAUAAAUGAUUUUCAAAUAA